AUGGCGCAAUCGUGAAGAAUUUUUGUUUGCACUCGUGUGAACUAAUAACUGAAUUUUCCUUCAAUAAUCCUUAAUCGAAACACACAAAUAUGCCUUCCGAAGCGGCGAAGAAACGUCAAGCAAAGAAAAAAGCUGCUGCUCAGUCUAGAGGAAAGCCAAAACCGGCCGUCCAAGCGACAGAAAACGGUGUUGAAAGUUCGAACGGAACUGAAAAUGGCGCUGGUGUGAAGUUGGAUUUAUCGAACCGCUCAUGUACCGGCGUUUUGGCAUCUCACGAACAGUCGCGGGAUGUGAAGAUUGAAAAUUUCUCAAUUACUUUCCAUGGUGUUGAACUUUUAACUGAUACAAAACUUGAAUUGAAUUGUGGCCGAAGAUACGGUUUAUUGGGAUUAAAUGGAUGCGGUAAAUCCACCAUGUUGGAGACAAUAGGGAGCAGAGACAUUCCAAUUCCUCAGCAUAUUGACAUAUUUCAUCUCAAGAAUGAGAUGGAAGCCUCUGACAAGACAGCUCUUGAGUGUGUCAUGGAGGUUGAUGAGGAGAGGAUGAGACUUGAGGCUGAGGCUGCAGAACUCACCAAACUUGGAGAUGAGGGUAGUGACAGAUUAAUGGAUGUCUUUGAACGACUUGAAGACCUUGAUGCGGACAAGGCAGAAACUAGGGCUGCUGAAAUUCUUAGUGGGUUAGGAUUUACACCUUCCAUGCAGCUGAAAAAGACAAAAGAUUUCUCUGGAGGCUGGAGGAUGAGAAUCGCUUUGGCACGAGCUCUGUUUGUAAAGCCAACUCUUCUUUUGUUGGAUGAGCCUACAAACCACCUGGAUUUGGAUGCAUGUGUAUGGCUGGAAGAAGAGCUGAAGAGCUACAAGAGGAUAUUGGUGAUGAUAUCACAUUCACAGGACUUCCUCAAUGGGGUGUGCACUAACAUUAUCCACAUGCAUAAAGGAAAACUUGUGUAUUAUGGGGGUAACUAUGACUCUUACAUGAAAACAAGAGCAGAACUGGAGGAAAACCAAAUGAAACAGUACAGCAGAGAACAAGAUCAAAUAAAGCACAUGAAGGACUACAUUGCCAGGUUUGGUCACGGUAGUGCUAAGCUUGCCAGACAGGCUCAAAGCAAAGAAAAGGUCCUUAGCAAAAUGGUGGCAGGUGGCCUCACAGAAAAAGUUGUCAAAGACAAGGUCCUGACAUUUUAUUUUCCUGAUUGUGGAAAACUUGCCCCACCAGUUGUUCAAGUACAAACAAUGAGCUUCAGCUAUGGAGAAGAUAAGCCUGCCAUUUACAAGAAGUUGGAUUUUGGAAUUGACUUAGAGUCCAGAAUAGCUCUGGUGGGUCCCAAUGGAGCUGGCAAGUCCACACUGCUGAAGCUACUUGAUGGAACACUGACACCUACUGAUGGGCUUAUACGAAGGCAUAAUCACCUGAAGAUUUGCCGCUAUCAUCAGCAUCUUCAAGACAUGUUAGAACUGGACAUGUCAGCUCUUGCAUUCAUGAUGAAAUGCUUUCCUGAAAUCAAAGAGGUAGAGGACAUGCGAAAGUCAAUAGGAAGAUAUGGACUGACAGGAAAACAACAGAUUUGUCCCAUGCGUAAUUUAUCUGAUGGGCAGCGAUGCCGAGUUGUGUUUGCUUGGCUGGCCUUCCAAGCUCCACAUCUCCUGUUACUUGAUGAACCCACUAAUCACUUGGACAUGGAAACCAUCGACGCUUUGGCAGACGCUAUCAACGACUUUGAAGGAGGAAUGGUGCUUGUUAGUCACGACUUCCGACUCAUUAAUCAGGUUGCAAAAGAAAUUUGGAUUUGUGAGAAACAGACAAUAGCACCAUGGAAAGGCGAUAUUCUGUCAUAUAAGGAAGAACUAAAAAAGAAAGUUGCUAAGAAGUAACUUUAAAAAGUAAUAACGCUAAAAAAUUAAAUAGACGCUUCUAGGUCAAUAUUAUCAAAUGAAACAAUCACAAACCUAUGUUAGUUAGCACAGAUUAUAUGCGGGUUCGUGAAUGGACCUUUAUCUGAAGAUUUGUACCUGACGUAAAGUUACAUAGCUUCAGUACAGCCCUAUGGAACUUAUUUGCCUUGUUAUUUACCUCCUGUAGGAUACUUUGGUCAUGUCGAAAUGGGAAUACCUCGUUAACAUUUAAUAGUCCAUUGAUGUCUGUCUAUAGAGAAUUGCUAGGUCUGUUCCAAAACAACCUUGAUGGGAAAUCAAUGCCUGAGUUUUGUCUUAUUGUGUUUACUGAAGUUACAACUAAAGCGAUCGAUCCUUUAUCGGAAUUCAUACGGUUUUAACGUAUGAUUUUGUGUAACCAGUAGAGGUUGCUGAUGCAUUAUUUGUAUCUCGGGAUCAGUGUGAACAACUGCGCACCUACCCCUCCCCUAACCUAACAACCGUCAAUUGCAAACAAUCUGGGGUUAAUGAUUUGUUAGGGGAGGGGUAGGUGCGCGUUGCUCAGACACUGACAUCAUCCGAAUCUCGUUCACAAGCAUCAAAUAAUUAAGAUAAAUUUUAAAUAAAUAAGCUCUGAAAAGUUUUUUAUUUAAGCAACGAAAAGAAAUCCUUCUUUACGUUUUCAAUGUAUGAAUUUUUGUAACCUGUAGUGGUUUCUAACGCACUGUUAGAAUCUCGUUCACAUGUUUCAAAACUAGAUCGGAAAUGCAGCCCUGAAUUGCCCGCCAUCGACAGUAUAUCAAAAAGUAGUUUCAAUAAUAAAUGGGAAUAUUUAUUAACAGAAAUUUUUUCGUUUUCCUUUGACACGAAUACUUGAGUGCACUCCAAGAACCAAAAAUUGUUUCACAAAUAAAGUCAUAAAGUACUUAGUUUAUCUUU